ACUACUUUGCAUAUUAACAGUGAUGUAAAACACUUGAAUCUCAUGGACAAAUGUGAUAAGAAUUGCAUAAGUCCAUUAGAGGUUGAUAUAAUAUUAAACUUGACGACCAGAUCAAUUUGACCGGAGAAGAUACACUGAUUAACCCUUGUGAUAUUAAUUACAGUUUUACCAUGGAUUUGCGAAUUUCAGGAAAAUAUACACUAAUCUACCUCUUCGUUUUUUUAUGUGUGCACCAGCUGACGGAAGCCAGAGGCCAAUUGCGGGUCCGUCGAAAUGCUUUCCAAAUGUGUAACUUAAUCAACAGAUUCACCGGAGAAUCGUGCUUACAAUUCAAUCCUUACGGGUGUUUCUGUGGCUUUGGACAACAAGGUUCUGAACCCGUCGACGAGGCGGACAGGUGCUGUAAAAGGCAUGAUGACUGUUAUGGAGAGGUCCAUAACGAGGGUCACUGUUACUUCUGGAGCGGCGUGUUUGUCGGAUACAACGAUGAAUGCGACGAAUUUGGGUGCAGGUGUACGGACGUGGCAAAAUGUGCCCGGAAGGUGUGCGAGUGUGAUCUGGCCCUAGCCCGGUGUCUUGGGAAGGCGACUUACAACCAGCAAUUCCAACACUACGAUCGCUCACAAUGUUGAUCUGGCUCCUUGCAGUAGAAGAAUAUUGUAUUUUCUUAGUGUUUUUAUAGUAUCUGCCAUAAUAAAAUAUCUCAGGUUGUA